AUGAUGCCAGCACUGGCUUUGCUGUCCCUGCUGGCAGCCCCCCUCGGAAGGUUCAGGGGAAUCCAGGGCUCUGGGGUUUCUCCAUGGACCUUAUUUUUUACCUACUUUCUUUUUCUUUUAGGUGUGCUCUCUGAUGUGCAGCUGGUUGAGUCUGGCCCAGGGGUGGUGAAGCCUGCAGAGACCCUCACCCUGACCUGCACUGUCACAGGUUUCUCCAUCACCACCAGUAAUUACUAUUGGAGCUGGAUCCAGCAGCCUCCUGGGAAAGGGCUGGAAUACAUGGGGUACAUUAGCUACAGCGGCAGCACAAACUACAACCCAUCCCUCCAGAGCCGCAUCACCAUUUCCAGGGACACUUCCAAGAACCAGUUCUCCCUGCAGCUGCGCUCUCUGACAGCCGCAGACACCGCCACGUAUUACUGUGCCAGAGACACACUGGUUGAGUGUGGCCCAGGGGUGGUGAAGCCUGCAGAGACCCUCACGCUGACCUGCACUGUCACAGGUUUCUCCACCACCACCAGUGGUUACCUUUGGAGCUGGAUCCGGCAGCCUCCUGGGAAAGGGCUGGAGUGGAUGGGGUACAUAUAUGAGAGCUUUGAUAGCACAAGCUACAACCCAUUCCUCAAGAGCCGCAUCACCAUUUCCAAGGACAACUCCAAGAAGUUCAUCUGGGUGGAUGUAACCAUUAAGCGAUGGACUACUGGUCUCUCCUAUUGA